AUGCGAAGAUUUUCGGAUUUUUGGCUAUUAUACGUAUUUUUUAUAGUUUUAAGACAGUUCCUUGGUUGUACUGCCUUUGAUUGUUCUGAAGUAACUGUUGGAAAGAAAACGUUUAAUUUCGAUCCACUAAAAAAGUUAAGAUUUGUUCGUGACUUAGAGUGGAUUAAGAGCAUAGUCGGAAAACCGUCUCCGGCAAUAGAGAAUACAACGUACUAUAUAAAUAUCUGUGAGCCAUUACAUUAUGACCAAAAUCUAGGGAAAGAUACAUGUGACGAUGGUACUAAUAUUUGUGUGGUCACGAACUACACGAAGGGUGAUAAAUGGAUGAUUGCUGAUGUCAAACAGAUUGUUACGAAUUCCACAGAUUUUCAAGCAACAUAUUAUGAAAGCAAAGAAGGUGAAAGAAUAUUUUCAUAA